UUUUCUGGAUAUCAUUUUGUUCUUGCUCAAACUGAAACGAUGAAGGGACACUUUUCCAUCGAAUGGCUAUCCCAAAGCAGCCAGGCUCCAUCCAGCCCAAGAGCCGGGCACCAUUCCAGCUCCUGGAUCUCCACGGGCCCUGACAGAGCCAGCACCUCGGGGACUGUUCCAGAAAGCCUCCCUGGUUUCUACAGCAGGAGAGUGGACAGCACAGAAGCUCAAGGCACACAGCCUGAGCCAGUGGGACCAGAAUGUAGGUUCCUAACUCCAAAACAAGAGACCAGCACAAGCAACCAAGAGAACGUCCAACAUGCUCCAGAGUCAGGCUUUAGUAGCGGAACAGAGGAGGAGACAUCUGGCUACGAGAGUGAAGGAGGACGUUCUCUCUCUCCCAUAGCCUCCAAGGAGCCGGCCCAUAGCCUCCAAGGAGCCUCCCCAGCCACCGGCCGCAGGGCCCGCACCGCCUUCACAGCUGAGCAGAUAGAGAACCUGGAGAGAGCCUUCAAGAGGAACGCCUAUCUGGGGGCCCAGGACAAGGCCGAGCUGUGCAAGCGCCUCAGUCUCUCUGAUAAACAGAUCAGGAACUGGUUUCAGAACAGGCGUAUGAAGCUCAAGAGGACGGUGCAAGACGCUCUGGCUCACGCCUGCCAGGCCAACGUGGCCUCCCAGCUCAUUCACUACCCCGAGCUGCAGACCUUCAGGCCUGCGCCGUAUCCCAGCUACUACACCCCACAGGACACCUCAGCGUCAUACCUCUGCCCCCCCAGCCUCCACUACAGCCCCUCCGCCGCCGCAGCCGUCCCAGCCCUGCCCGUCAACACCCUCUACCAGUACAGGAGCCCACAGAGCCUCCCCUUGGCCCCCAGCAACCCGGCCCUGAUGAGCCCCUACCAGUCGUACCACCACCAGUACUUCAGCUCACAGUGA